AUGAAUAAGAUAUUUAUUAUAUUUUUUGUUUCAGUUGAUAAUCGACUUCUUCAAGUGGCUGCUAAACACAAUAUCAGCACUAUAUUGGCCAAUCAUCUUGAAUUGCUUAAAGAUAUUGACAUAGUUGUUGUCUGUGCUGAUUCGGCAUCUAUGAAAAAACGACUCCAUGACAUGAAAUAUAGCCGUUGGGAUGAACUUCGUUUGAUUGUGGAAGUAGUUCUUGAAAUUGGUAGCAUUUUCAACUCAAGUGGCAUCGAUGUGUAUUUUCUUAAUCGACCACCAUUAUUUAAUGUUUCUGAUCUCGGACAUAUCGAUCAAGCAUUUGCUUUUGAACCGGAUGGCUAUACACCGCUUGUUUCUGUUCUGAGGACGAUUUUCAAUUCAUAUAAUGAUAAACGAGACAAUAAUAAAAGAGUACUUGUCUUGGUGGCGACAGAUGGAGAGCCAAUCAAUAAUGAAGGUGAUAGUGAUGUAGCUGCUCUGGAAUAUGUCAUGCAGCAGGAACGUCAAUCUAAUACAAUCUAUGUAACAUUUCUCGCUUGUACCGACGAUGAGUCGAAUAUUGCCUAUAUGGAUGAAUGGGAGAAUACUAUGGUCAAUGUCAAUGUUACUGAUGAUUAUCGAACAGAACGAGAUUUUGUGCAUCGAAAUCGUGGUCCACAUUAUCCCUUCUCAUUUGGUGAUCACAUUGCUAAAUCAUUGCUCAACGCCAUUGAUCCAAAAAUCAACGUAUUCAAUAAUCUUGAAAUUGAAAACAAUACCAAUGCAAACAUGGAUACCUUAGCGAGAUCAUGA